AUGAGUAAAGAUAUAACAGAUCAGCUUCAAACAGAUUUGGCUUCAGAAAAUUAUUUUUCAAUCUGUCUUGACGAAAGUACAGAUGUAACUUCACAGGCGCGACUAGCAGUCUUUGUUAGGUUCAGUAGUGUUAAUAUCAUGAGGGAAGAAUUAGUAAAAUUAAUGACGAUUUCUACUAAAACAACUGGUCAAGAAAUUAUGAAUGUAGUACUUAAAGAAUUCGCCAAUUUAAAAAUAAAUAUAAAUAAUAUUGUUUCAAUAACUACGGAUGGUGCCCCUAAUAUGGUUGGCAAACACAAUGGAUUUGUUCAACUUUUUUCGAAAGAAAUUUCUCAUCCGUUAAUCAGAUUUCAUUGUUUAAUACAUCAAGAAGCGUUGUGUGCUAAAGACAGCUUGCCAUCGCUUCAAAAUGUAAUGGAAGUAGUUACAAAAGUUGUCAAUUUCAUUACAUCUCGUGCUUUAAAUAAUCGACAAUUUACUAAAUUAUUAGAUGAAGUUGAAUCACAAUACGCUGGCCUUUUAAUGUAUAACAGUGUUCGUUGGUUGAGUCGUGGUCAAGUUCUUCAUCGAUUUGUUGAAUUAUUAGAAGAAAUACGAUUAUUUUUAUUCGAAAAAUCUCAAGAUUAUCCAGAACUUAAAGAUUUAAAUUGGUUGAACGAUUUAAUGUUUUUCACUAAUUUUACUACAAUGUAUAAUGAAUUAAAUAAAAAACUUCAAGGGCACGGUCACAUAGUCUUAACAAUAUUUUCACAGUUUCGAUGUCUAGAACCAACAUUUCAAUUUUUAAUAAAUCCACAUACAAUUACAUAUGAUGAACUUGAUUUAUCUUUUUUUGAAUGGCUAAAUAUCGAAAACUUGGAAAUGGAAUUAAUAGAAUUUCAGGGAAAUUGGAAAAGUCUACCAAAUUCAUUUACAUCCAUGAAAAAAUUAGCACUUUCAUUAUUGACUAUGUUUGGUUCUACAUAUACAUGUGAGCAGCUAUUUUCCUCCAUGAAUUUUAUCAAAUCCACAUUGAGAAAUCGUCUUGGAACAGAUAUCAGUGCAGCAUGUAUUCAAUUAAAAUCUACAAAUUAUAAUCCCAGGAUUGAUUCGUUAGCUGGAAAUAUGCAGCAACAAAUUUCUCAUUAA